AUGAUAAGAAUUCAAAAAUCAGUAAACAAUAGCAAUAUGAUGAUAUGUGAAGAAGAAUUCUCUCAAACUAGCCUUUAAUAAAACUAAUAUAAUUAGCAAUUCUCUAAGCUAGCGAUUUUAUCAUAAAAGAGCAGCGAAUCUAAGCAAUUAGGUUAUCAUAGAUAUCUAGUCAAUGAAUAUAUAAAUCUUAGUAAAUAGAACUUAUGCGAUGAAACUUGUAGUGUUUACACUCAAGGAUAUUCUUUCGAAGAAAAAAACCUAUAAAUGAGAAUUAUUAUUUAACCUCAUAAAGGCUUUUUUGCUUCGUUUGCUUAUCAAAUUAAUAUAAUUGCUACGAGGUAAUACCCAUACCAUCCGCUUAUAGUUUAAUCAUAGAAGAAGAUAUUUCAUCCAAAUUUUGACCAAAUAACAAAUAAUCUCUAUUUAGAAGAUCUGGAUUUUCAGAAAUGGAAUCCAUAGACUUCGUUAUACAUGCUUAUCUUGAAAAUUAAGUGGCUGUUUUUAGAACCAAAGAUAGACUAUAUUCCAGAAAAUAGUCAUGAUUGUUGUUUAUCAUACAUAUACGAUAAAGAAGAUUUCAAAAGAAAGCUUAAUGAUUCUCAAAAUUGGGUUUCUAACACAAUGGAUUAGGAAGAAAGUUAACAAUACCAUUAAAUUUAAUAUAGUAUCCCAAAAAAUUUUAGAGCUACUAGCUGCUUGGUUAAUAGAAAAAAGAGAUUAAUAGGUUCCAACUACAAUCUGCCUCUAAUAAUGAAUGAUUAUAACCGCGAAAAAAUAAAACUUUAUUGA